AUGCAACAUCAAGAACAAGAACUUUUCAUUGAUUGUGAUUCCAUGGCUGGAAUGUCUAAAGAAGAAUUGUAUGAAUUUUAUUCAAAAAUUUAUCAAAAUAUUGAAUGCUAUGUGCAACAAAUUGAAAUUAGUUCUCGUAAACAACAAUAUUUAAAAUCAUAUGCAGAUUCUUUAUUAAUUGAAAUCCAAGAAGCUGAAAAAAAAUUAGAUGAAUUGAAAAACAAAGAAAAUACGAAUGGAGAAUUAAAUGAUUGA